AAUUUCAUUAUAGGUCAACGUCACUGCAAUCUCUUGUACAAAUAGCCACUCUCUUGUCUCGUUCGAUUCGUGACUCAGUCUUUGGUUACUCUUAUUUAAUGCUAAGGUCUUUGUCCGUUAACAGUUCUCAGCUGGAAGAAUUUUCGUACUCACAUUUCCAGAUCGCUUGAUAAAGUCGGAAAUGGCGCCUCCAAUCUUGUCGCUGGUUCUUCCAUCGGAAACUGGUCGGGUUCUCAGCAUUCAGUCUCACACUGUUCAUGGAUAUGUUGGAAAUAAAUCGGCUGUCUUUCCUCUUGAAAUACUUGGCUUUGAUGUUGAUCCAAUCCAUUCAGUACAAUUCUCAAAUCACACAGGAUAUCCUUCCUUUAAAGGCCAAGUUUUGAAUGGACAGCAACUAUGGGAUUUAAUAGAAGGCCUUGAAACAAAUGACUUGCUGUAUUAUACUCAUUUGUUAACAGGUUAUAUUGGUUCAGUUUCAUUUUUGGACACUGUAUUGGAAGUUGUCAACAAGCUUCGCUUCAUAAAUCCCAAACUUACAUAUGUUUGUGAUCCAGUAAUGGGUGAUGAAGGGAAGCUUUAUGUACCACCUGAGCUAGUAGCUGUAUAUCGUGAGAAGGUUGUUCCAGUGGCUUCAAUGUUGACCCCCAACCAGUUUGAAGCUGAAAAUUUGACUGGGUUAAGGAUUGUGACUGAAAAAGAUGGUCUUGAAGCUUGUAAUAUUCUUCAUGCUGCUGGACCUUCGAAGGUUGUAAUUACCAGCAUCAAUAUAGAUGACAAUCUUCUUCUCAUUGGCAGUCAUGAAAAGGAAAAGGGCCAAGAUCCUGAACGAUUCAAGAUUGUGAUACCCAAAAUCCCUGCAUAUUUUACGGGAACUGGAGAUCUCAUGACUGCACUUCUGCUUGGAUGGAGUAAUGUAAUAAAUAUCCUGACAACCUGGACAGGGCAGCAGAACUUGCAGUAUCAAGCCUGCAGGCAGUACUGCAGAGGACUGUGAAUGACUACAAAAGAUCUGGAUAUGAUCCACAAACAAGCAGUUUAGAGAUCAGAUUAAUCCAAAGUCAGGAUGACAUUCGCAAUCCUGAAGUUAUAUACAAAGCUGAAAAGUAUUAAUAAAUAGGUGUAGUGUGUUGAAGUUUAUGGGCACUUUGCAUACGCAAUUGAGACCUAUUUGGUUGGACACAAUUUUGCAAUUCCUUUUGCAGCUAUGCGUUAUCUUCUCAAACAUGUAAUUUUUUAAUGUUCAGCCACAUUUUUUGAA